GAACGGUUCUCUUAAAAGGAAAUAGUACAAGACAGUGUAUAAAAUAAUUCUUUAUAAAUUACGAAAACUGUGGUCGUCAAAGUAAUGUUUCUAAUAUUAGGAUCGAAAUUCCCAACCAAUACAUAAAUAAACCAAAGACCAGAAAUAUUUAAUCAAGUGCGCUAAAUUGACACGUCAGCAAAGUAACAAUACAUUACCUACCUGUGUAAAUUUCAUCAGAAAACGCAAUGUAUAGUCAAACGUUCGAAGAUGACGCUCCACUACCCUUGAUUGCAAAUUACACAGUCGUUAAAGAAGAUGAUGAAGAAAAGAGAGAGACAGAAGAUCGUGUUAUUCUAGAAAUAGGACGACAAGAUGAUAAGCCAAAAGAAGAACAUACAUUUUCCCAUAAAAAGUAUGACAAAACUAUAUCACAUCACAGGUCUUACGUACUAGAGGAUUAUGAGCCGAGAAGAAUAUCUUACUUCAGACCUCAUGAAUUGGAUCACAGUGCUUCUGAAGGUUCCAGGUAUUAUGAGCAAGAAUAUAGAGAAGCGAAUGUAGUUGAGACAGCGAACUCUGAGUCCUCACUAGAUUACUCUCACGAAUCCCAGGAUACCUCCAAAUAUGGCACUGAUGACCCCACACAAGACACAGUCCUGAAUUGGAAGGAACGAGCCAUGCAGUUGGAGAAAGAAUACAAGAAGACAGCGUGCGACAGAGAGAGGACGCGGAUGAGAGACAUGAACCGCGCUUUCGAUUUGCUGCGUUCCAAGUUACCAGUCACUAAACCAUCCAAGAAAAAAUACUCCAAAAUUGAAUGUCUGAGGAUAGCCAUCUGUUACAUAAGACACUUGGAGUACAUGUUGGCUGGAGGAUCUCCUGAUGAGAAUCCGGCGUUCUUCGAGCUUCAAGCCUCCGAUCUGAGACGAAGACAACAAAGAUACUAGUUGCUAAACAAAACAGACUGCUUACUCUUAAAUCCAAUUACGAUCGAUCGACAUUGGCAUUGUAAUUUCGUACUCUUGAAUUUCAACACUAGCGCCCAUUGCAUCCGUAAUUCGUGGAUACUGAAUGAACUAAAUGGUAUUGAGAUUGAUUUAAAUUCCGUACACUGAAUGCGAUUUCAACAGCUACGAUUGGCGAUGCAAAGAUUAUCGCGCGCCUCUAGCGGCGAAAUUUAGAAGUUAUCUAAGAACGACACUUCGCUUUGGAGUUGAAGAUAAUAAGUUUAAACACAAUCAAAUGGAUGACGAUUACAUACAGAAACCUGUUUUUAAUAAAAGCAGAAACACAAAAUAUUGUUGCGUUCCUCAAACUUACGGAUAUUCAGGAAUAAGUUUUCAUUUAUUUCCAAAAGACAAAAUUAUGAAUCAAAUAAAUCUUCCUGUAUGGAGGAAAGAGGAAAGAUCAGCUGUAGCUGUAAAGCAAUUAACCCUCUCAGAUUUACUCAGCAGUGAUAUGUAUUUAUUUACUUUUUCGGAUAUUCAUUCAAUUGAACUUUUAGAAACAUUGGUGACUUGUGUUAGUGAAUUGGCCUUAAAUGCAAUAACAAACAAGAAAAUGUUAUCUGUGAGAGACUUAUUCUGACAAUAGUAAAAAUUAAACAAAAUAUGUCAUGGCUCUAGCCAUUGGCGUUUUGUUUGGUAUAAAUAGGCAGACAUGUUCUAAUUAUUUUAAAAUGUGCCCCAUGCUGCGUAGAGCACUCAAAGUUGUUAUUUCUUGACCUGAUACCGAAAUGAUACGUAGUAACUUACCUAAAUCAUUCCAAAAAUAUAAAAAUACAAGAAUAAGUAAGAUUAGACUGUGCUGAGAAAGUGAUUGAAAAAUGUAAAUGUUUAAAAUGUAGAAUAUUGACGUACUCUCGAUAUAAAAAAAAACAAUACAGCGAAGUUUAAUAUUGAAAUAACUCCUUCUGGCCUAAUAAUUGAAAUUAGUGCAUCUUAAGUUGGUCGAGCAUCAGAUAAACAUACUUAUUAUAAUUUAAAUAAAUACGAGUUUAAUGAUGGGGUGAUGGUGGAUAAAGAAUAUAGAAUUUGAGUGUUAUGAAGUGAUUUAAGGAUAUUAAUUGAAUACUCAGUACAUCAUUUGAUGAAUUUUACAAUUUACUUAAAUAUAUAUACAAGAAACCACAUAAAUCUGAUUUAUAUUAAAUUAUUUUUCUGUGACGCAAAUUAUAUACGAAAACUGGCAGUGUCAUUCUUAGACAGCUUCACAAUCAUGACACUAGAGGCGCUAGUUAGAAUUUUUGAAUCGCCAAUAUAGGGGUUGUAAAGUUUUGGCAUUGAAUAAUUAUUGAGAUUUUAUUGGAUUGAAAUUGCAUUGAUAUUGAGAUUGGUUUCAAGAGUAAGCACCCUGUUCGUAUUUUUAUAAGAGACGAAA